AUGAUCUGGGGAACAAUUGGCAAGAAGGACUGGAUUCAUUGUGCCUUCUUUCUCAAGUCCAAGAAUACGUUCUCAGAUCCAGCCGAGAACAGGACCAGAGUCUAUCGCUAUCUCCAACAUGUUCGCUCCUUGACGUGGCACAACAACCAUGCGCUCUUAAGAGACUUGGUCUUUUCCCAUGUCCCGCGACAGAUGCACCUGGUGCAGCUCAGAAAUGUCCUCCGGAGAACAGUCAACCUCUCUCACUUCUCAUUAGUGAUGGACACUCAUGGCAUCGAAGAGCCUGCUAUCCGGUCUAUCUUCCGAUUGCUUCACAAAUUGCCGUAUCUUUCGAACCUUGAGAUCGACCUGCCACUCCAAGGUUCGAAGGUUACCUGUAAUGAACAGUAUUUUCCGGUGUUUGCCAAACUGAAGGAGCUCAGGAUUGCAGGACAUUGGUACGAAGGAUUCGAGACACUGAGACCUGCGCCUACCACUGUUAUUCCCUGGGUCCUCAAGUAUCUGACGAUCUAUCGUCUCGACAUGUCCUUUUUCCGAUUCUGCCCCGACCUCGAGCAUUUGACAAUUAAUCCAUCAGUCAACAACAACAGGGAUUCCGAGACAUUGGAAGUCAAGGAAGUGAUUGUGGAACAGCUUCAAGGGUUGUCGAAACUGAGCACCGUGGUUCUCAACGUGCGCUAUAGCUUGGAUGUGGAUGUGGGAAAGAUCGUGAAGGUCAAGGGAAGCGAGGACCAAUGGACUUGUCCUGGUGUGAGCAAGCGUUUCUACACUCUUCGAGACGUGUUCGGUUUGACCCAAUCGUGA